GCGUUCCCGCGGCCGCGUUCCCGGGCGGAGCCGCGGCGGAAGCGGAAGUGCCGCGGCGGAAGUGCCGGGCCGCGGUUGCCGGGUUACCGCGAUGUUCCGCGCCGCUGUGGACAUCCAGCCCGCCUGCCUCGGGCUGUACUGCGGCAGGACCGUGCUGUCGGUGAACGGCUCCGUGGAGACCUACGGGGACUGCGGGGUGUGUCCUAGAGGCCAAAGAACCGAUGACAACAAAAUCUGCCGCGAGUGUCUGGGAUCUCCAGACCGCUAUGACUGGCUGUACCUCGGCUUCAUGGCCAUGCUGCCCCUGGUUCUACACUGGUUCUUCAUUGAGUGGUAUUCUGGAAAGAAGAGCUCCAGCGCGCUGCUGCAGCACCUGACGGCGCUGCUGGAGUGCAGCGUGGCGGCCGUGGUGACGCUGCUGCUCAGCGACCCCGUGGGCUCCCUGCACAUCCGCUCGUGCCCCGUCAAGAAGCUCUCGGACUGGUACACCAUGCUCUACAACCCCAGCCCCGACUACAUCACCACCGUGCACUGCACCCACGAGGCCGUGUACCCCCUGUACACCAUUGUGUUUAUCUAUUAUGCCUUCUGCCUCGUGUUGAUGAUGCUGCUGAGGCCUCUCCUGGUUAAGAAGAUUGCCUGUGGUUUGGGGAGGUCUGACAGAUUUAAAAGCAUUUAUGCAGCACUCUACUUCUUCCCCAUCCUCACCGUGCUGCAGGCCGUGGGAGGAGGCCUCCUCUAUUAUGCCUUCCCAUACAUCAUCCUGGUGCUCUCUUUGGUUACACUGGCUGUGUACAUGUCUGCUUCUGAAGUGGAGUUUUUCAAGGAUCUGCUCGUGAGGAAGAAAAGGCUCGUUGUCCUCUUCAGCCACUGGCUCCUCCAUGCCUAUGGAAUCAUCUCCAUUUCCAAACUGGAUAAGCUUGAGCAGGACCUGCCUUUGCUUGCCUUGGUACCUGCCCCUGCCCUCUUCUACCUGAUGACAGCAAAGUACACAGAGCCCUCACGGAUCCUCUCCGAAGGUGGGAAUGGACACUAACAGGAGCCUGUGCCAACAGCUCUGUCCCAGUGAUCUGGAUGGAGCAAUUUCAGUGCUUGUCACGCUUUGGAAACUACUGUUUUCAAAAAGAAGUUGUUCACGUACCAGACUUCUGCAGAAACAUCUCCGGGUGAGACUGUAUAAUAUUAAAAAGCUGCACUUUGUAUUCUUCCUAAGUAUCUGGUAUAGAUGAAAAGCAAUGUUUUUUUUAUCUAUUUAUCACUGUGAAUCUAUGUAAAAAGCUUGUGACACAUCCUAGUACAAUGGUUUGCUUGUGUAUUGUUCAUUUCCUAACACAAUAUUUGAAUAAAACAAUAGAGCCUGGUUUACAAUAGACUUUAAUUUAAAAGAAAUAGAGCUUGAA